UCGUGCGUUGUUCUAUCUCGACAUUGUCGCGAUAAGAUAAAAAUAAGAUAACGAAAUUAAUGCUUGUGGGGUUGACGAGGAAAGGGAGAAAUCCUCUAGACGAUCGGAUAUACGAAUCUAACCUAUGUCUACAGCUCUAUCUCCGAAUAAAAUCGUCCGUUUCUUGUUUUCGUUUCUUAUUUAUUUCAAUUAGUUAUUAGCGAACAACCACUAUAAGCAAAAUGAAGUUAUCGCAGGAUUCCAUUGAAGCUGGCGUAACGAGCACUAACUCGUGUAGAUUGUGCCUUCGUUCCGAGGGCUGCGUAACGUCAAUAUUUACCGAGGAAGAAGAAUCUCAACGUUUACGUUCCCACAUUUUAGAUUGCUGCCCAAUCACACUGUCCGAAGACACCCGGCUGCCGCAGGCGAUUUGCACCGAGUGCAAACACCAGGUGGCGGUUACGUACCAAUUUCGCGAGCAGUGCAGAAAAUCGGAACAAAAACUUCGAUCGCUGUACGGAUCGAAUUAUUGGAACGAGUUUUACCGCCCGAAUACACCAAACUAUAAAAUCGUUCGGGAUUACGGUGUACAGACUAACAACUGGUCAGGAUUGGUGAUCGAUUUGACAAAAGAUGACGGGCAAAAGAAGAAUGAUCGAAAAGCGUCUCGCGUUAAAAAAGUUGCAGUACGUUUGUCGAGGGUUGGACGAAUCGAGAAGAAACGGAAAAAUGAUGCUCCUUUGGCGAAAAACCGAUCGUCAAAGAAGAAGGUCGAGGCAAAAUUCGAAACUGUUAGAAAGGGGAAAAAUAAGAAGGAUGAGACACAAGUAGAAACUGUUAGAAAGGAGAUAAAUAAGGAUGGAGCCGAGAAAACAGUGCAAAAUUCUGUGGAACGGAGAAACGAAAACGUAGAAGAGGCAGGACUUAAAGGUGUAGAAGAAAGACAAGAUGGCGACGACAAUCACGAUCACGAUUCCGAAAAUCGAACGAAACCGGCCAACGAUAAAACAGGAAAACCGUAUAUGUGCGACGUUUGUAGCAAGACGUUCGCCUCCAAAUCCGGAUUGCGAUUACAUUUCAAAUCGCACAUUGGCGCGAAGCCUUACGUGUGUCGUCACUGUAACAAAGCGUUCGUUCUCCCGAGCUACGCCAAAAGGCACGAGAGAACUCAUUUGGGCGACAAACGGUUCAUGUGCCAUUUAUGUAGCGCCGGGUUCGCCUCUUCGAAUGGCCUCAAGUAUCAUUUGAACCUCCAUACCGGCGAGGCGAAGUAUCGCUGCGAGACUUGCGGCAAAGCUUUCUAUCGUUCCAAGUUUCUCAAAGAGCACAUAUUCACGCACACAGGCGAGAAACCGUUCGCGUGUAAAACGUGCGGAUUCACCUAUAAAAAUUCUGGCAGCCUGUUCGCCCACGAAAAGAAAUGUAAAGCCAAGUUUCAGGCCAGCAACGAACGCGUAUCCGCGGUUAAAAAAGAACUGAACGGUAGCGCCGAUUUCGGGGGCUGAUUCAACAAAUCCGUGUACAAGAAUUUAUAGAUUGAUUUGAAAGAUGGACAUAGUUGAACCGACUACGAA